AUGUCUGGUGCAUUCAAUGGAGUUCAAGCGGUAAUUCGCAAAAGUUAUCCACUUGCUUUGUACAUUCAUUGCGCAGCUCAUGUGUUAAAUCUUUCUGUAUCUAAUUCCUGCUCAGUACAAGGAAUAAGAAAUUGUUUAGGGACAAUUUCUAAACCUAGAGAUUUUUUUAUUUAUCCGAAGCAACGGUAUCAUGCUGUAAAUGAUUUUCUAGAACUUUUUGAGUGUAUUAUUAAAUCAUUGGACUUAAUUUCUAAUUGGACAGAUUCAGACACAUCUACACAAGCGACUAAAGGAUUUGAUCUUGGACUGCUAUUAUCAAAACAAUUACAACGGAUUAAUAUAGAUUUAGUAGAAGCUAUGAGCCUUGCAGAAGAUACCUUAAAAGAAUUUCAGACAUUACGAACAAAUGUAGAUAUUGAAUUUCAUGCUAUUUUUGAAGAUUCAAAAGGUUUAGCAAAUACUUUCAUCGAACAACUAAAAUCAAGAUUUAUCGACCACAAAAAUACAAUUUUAGAUUUUAAAUCGUUAAUAUCUGUUGAACAAAAUGAAACGACAUUUUUGAAGUUGGCAAAAACUUACACGACUGAUUUAAGUGAAUGUCAAGAUUCGAUUUUAUUAUCAGAAUAUAAACUAUGGCAAAGACGGUUAAAAAAUGUUGAGACUUGUAAUUUACCAAAAAACGCAAUGGAAACAAUAAUACUAUGCAAUCAAGAAAUAUAUCCAAAUGUUUUUAAAUUACUACAAAUAUUUGCAACAUUACCAGUUUCUUCAUCAUCGAAUGAGAGAACCUUUUCAAAUUUAAAAAGAAUAAAGACUUACUUACGAAACACGAUAUCUCAAAAGAGAUUAAAUGGUUUGACCAUGUUAUCGAUUCAUAGAAAUGAACAAAUUACUACUGAUGAUGUGUUGAAGGAAUUGAGCUUAAAAAAAAGCUCAGGCGCAAAACGAAGAAACAUUAUUAAUGAUACAGCCAUAUCAAAUGAACCAUUUGAUUUUUCUUCUUCAGUGAUUAAUUCUAAAUUUGAAGAACCUCCAACUGAUCAGCUAUUUAACUUUAGUUUAUCACCGUCAGUUAAGAAAGGAUCUGGUUUAUAUAAAGAUGUAAUACCUCAUACACAAUUAGUGUAUUAUGAUGAUCCAAAUGAAUUAGUCGCUAGAUUAAAUCUUUUAACAUCGUCCCAAAAUGCUGGUAAUACUGGUGUAAAUAAUGAAAUCAUAUCUAUUAUAGAAGAAUUAAGUGAGAGAAAUAUUAUAGUUUAA